GAGCGAGCGGGGAGCGCACGGAGCGGCCUUCCGUGGCGCAGGGCGGGAGGGAAGGAGAGAGCAGGAGCUGCUUGAAAUGCUUGAAAUAAUUCCGCUUCCGUUUGGAGCAGGGAGCAGCCGCCCGCUGCAGCUGGGUUUCAAACCUGCCUCCCCUCAGCCCUGCACUCGGGCGCGGCAUGGCAACGUCUCCCCCGAAAUCCCCCUCGGCCCCCAAGUCCCCCACCACCCCCAAGUCGCCCCCGUCGCGGAAGAAAGAUGACUCCUUCUUGGGCAAACUUGGCGGGACCCUGGCCCGGAGGAAAAAAGCCAAAGAAGUGUCUGAACUACAGGAAGAAGGAAUAAAUGCCAUUAAUUUACCUCUCAGUCCAAUUCCAUUUGAACUAGACCCUGAGGACACGAUGCUGGAGGAAAAUGAAGUCCGAACAAUGAUUGAUCCAAAUUCAAGAAGUGACCCCAAAUUACAAGAGCUAAUAAAGGUAUUAAUUGACUGGAUUAAUGAUGUAUUGGUAGGAGAAAGGAUCAUUGUGAAAGACCUUGCUGAAGACAUGUAUGAUGGACAAGUAUUACAGAAAUUAUUUGAGAAACUUGAGAGUGAAAAACUGAACGUUGCUGAAGUCACACAGUCUGAAAUUGCUCAGAAGCAGAAGUUACAGACAGUUCUUGAAAAGAUUAAUGAAACCCUUAAACUUCCUCCAAGGAGCAUCAAGUGGACCGUUGACUCUGUUCAUGCAAAAAGUCUUGUAGCAAUACUUCGUCUUUUGGUUGCAUUGUCACAGUAUUUUCGGGCACCAAUCAGACUCCCAGACCAUGUGUCCAUUCAGGUUGUUGUUGUCCAGAAACGAGAAGGAAUCCUCCAGUCCCGACAAAUCCAAGAGGAAAUAACUGGUAACACUGAGGCGUUAUCAGGAAGAUAUGAACGGGAUGCAUUUGACACUUUAUUUGACCAUGCUCCAGACAAGCUCAAUGUUGUAAAAAAGACCCUCAUCACUUUUGUGAAUAAGCAUCUGAAUAAAUUGAAUUUGGAGGUUACAGAACUGGAAACCCAGUUUGCAGAUGGUGUGUACCUAGUGCUGCUAAUGGGUCUCCUGGAGGGCUAUUUUGUGCCUCUGCACAGCUUUUUCUUGACUCCUGAUAGUUUUGAACAAAAGGUCAUUAAUGUAUCCUUUUCAUUUGAGCUAAUGCAAGAUGGAGGGUUGGAAAAACCAAAACCGAGGCCAGAAGAUAUUGUAAAUUGUGAUUUGAAGUCCACACUGAGAGUGCUGUACAAUUUGUUUACCAAAUACCGGAAUGUGGAGUGAGGAAUUUAUUUGGGACAGAUGAACGUCUGUUAACAAAGCAACCUAUCACAACAAACAAUCAUAUGCUUCACGGUCAUUCCUUUGCAUUUGUAUUUUUUAAAGGAGCUGAAUCAUUUCUCAGAAGUGUUUUGAACUGAUUAUUCUUGCUACACUUAUUAUACCAUAUGCUUAAAAAAUUAGGGCUACAUUAAACCAAAUGAAAUGAUGAAGUAAAAAGUCUGAAGGAAGAUAAGUAGGUACCUUCUGGGGAAUUCCAUCUCUGAUUAAUAUAUCUCUAGUCUGUUUUAAGAUACUCAGAGCAACAAGCAAUAGACUUGAUAGCUUUAAUUAAACUGGACUUUGGAACCAAUUGUUGGAGGUUAUCUUCAGCUGUAUAUUAAAUAUUAAUUUGAAAAAAAUCAGUUAUUUUUCUAAUCUGAGAGAAGACAAUAUCUUCUAUCCAUAAUAAGAUGGAUGCAUCAGGGGAUCCUGCUAACUUACUGAAUGUGUAUGGAAGGAUAACUAGGAUGUGAUGGUUCACACACUGGAGCUGAGAAAAAGAGAUCUGUAAAAAGCACUAAACCUGGUUAACUAUUUUAUGCUGUUGUAUAAAUCAAG